GCUUAACCUAACUCUCAGCCAUCUUCCUCUUGGAUAAAUCAAUCGAACAUAUUUAGUAUUCUAUCCCAACAUCAACUCCAUAAACACCAUCUACUACACCACCACCACCACCACCACCACCACCACCACUUCCACUAUAUAACCCCCUCAACCCCACUUACAUCACCACCUAUACAGACAUUCAUCAUACAAACAACCACUCAACAACAAACCGAUCAAAUACAAAAAUACCCAACAUGCAACCCCCCACAAUCCUCCUCCUAGGAACCUUCGACACCAAAACCCCCGAACUAACCUACACCUACCACACCCUCCUCACCCAAACUCCCCAACCAAACAUCCUAGUCCUAGACGUCAGCCGCCAACCCCCGAAACCACCACCAACACCAACCGACCUCAAAAUCAACUACACAAUCCCCCAGAAAGACCUCCCCGCUCCCCGAGCCGAAUACAUAAAAGCUGCCUCCGACCACGCCACCACCAUCGUCGCAGAUUUGUACAAGGAGAACAAAAUCCACGGCAUUAUUUCAAUAGGCGGGUCAUGCGGGACGAAUAUCGCGACGGCAGCGAUGCGGAAUGCCCUGCCCGUUGGGUUCCCCAAACUGAUGGUCUCGACGAUGGCGAGUGGGGAUGUUAAGCCUUAUGUUGAGGAGACGGAUGUGACGAUGAUGUAUAGUGUUGUUGAUAUUGCGGGGCGGAAUUGGAUUCUAGAGGGGAUCUUGAGGAAUGCUGCGUGUGCGGUGUUUGGGAUGGCCAGGGGAUAUCUUGAUUCUUUGGUGAGGGCAAAAUCUCAGGGCCAGGGCGACGGCGGUGAUGGGGGUUCUCAGGGGAAGAAGAGGGUUGGAAUUACUAUGUUUGGGGUGACGACGCCGGGUGUGGAUCGCAUUCGGGCCCAUUUGGAAGAUGUCUACGGGUUUGAGGUUUAUGUGUUUCAUGCGACGGGGGCAGGGGGGAAGGCGAUGGAACGACUUAUCCGGGAAGGACAGCUGGAUGCUGUUGUGGAUUUGACAACGAGUGAGGUUGUCGAUGAGGUUAUGGGGGGUGUACUCUCUGCUGGGCCGGAGCGGUUGGCUGCUGCUGCGAGGGCGGGCAUUCCGCAGGUGGUCAGUGUUGGGGCUUGCGAUAUGGUCAAUUUUGGGCCGCGGAAUACUAUUCCGGAGCGGUAUGCGGGACGGCUGAUCUAUGAGCAUAAUCCGACAGUCACGUUGGUGAGGCCCAAUGCUGAGGAGACGGUGGAGGUGGCCAGGUUUAUUGCGGAGAAGUUGAGGACUUGUGCUGUGAAGCCCGAGUUGAUUUGUCUGAUGCUGCCUACUGGAGGGAUUAGUAUGAUUGAUACCCCUGGUCAGCCAUUUUUUGAUCCUGAGGUCGAUGAAGUGUUGUUUUCUACGUUGGAGGAGGAGUUGAAGGGGACUGGGAUCUCUAUUGUCAGGGAUCCGAGAGCUAUCAAUGAUCCUGAGUUUGCAGUCAGCGUAGCGGAUAUGCUGGGGGAUUUGAUCAAGUCAUUGUAAAUCAUAUGUGAGAAUGUAUCCUGAUCUAUGCAAGGGACAGAAUGAAAUGAGAUUUA